AUGGACAGUCCUGAAAAAGCAAAUAAAGACAUUGUGAAUGAAGAGAGUAAUGAUGUUUCAAAUCAGCUCUUGUUGGACAGUGUUCAUGUUGCCAGUACGCUGAGUUUUUGGAAAGAAUGGAUAAUGAUCUCUUCCAACCUCAACACCAAAUAUAGGAUGCAUAUACUCCCAUUGGAUGUGGAGUUUUGGUCGAGGCAUGUAGCAAAUGGUGUCAGAGGUCGUCAUAAAUGGAAGGAUGUGGAUAUGGUUCUAUUCCCCAUAAAUGUUGUUGCUACCCAUUGGUUUAUGGCAGUGCUAUAUUUAGAUACCUGGAAAGUAGAUAUUUAUGAUUCAGCACGAUCCAUGAAUUUCUUUUCAAAAUACCUUACUGGUGGAGAAUUCAAAAGUUUUGGAGAUAGUAUUAUCUCAGAGUUAGAUGUCAUUGAGUACUAG